UGCAAAAGGCUCAUACCAAAUUCAACGAUGGAAAGUUUUGCACAUACGGGAAAACAACGUCGAGUGCUGGAAUUAUUUAGCGGCAUCGGUGGAAUGCGUAUGGCGCUGGAACGGACCGGAAAGCCGUUCGAAAUUGUUUCUGCAAUCGACGUCAAUCCUGUAGCCAAUACAGUUUACUCUCACAACUUUGGAGAAAAAACUGUCCGCAAUGGAAACAUACUCAGUUUAACGGCGAAGAAAAUUACUAAGCAGAAUGUCGAUACGAUUCUCAUGUCCCCACCGUGUCAACCUUUUACCAGGAACGGAAAGUUUAAUGAUUUAAACGACCGACGAAGCGAUCCAUUUAGUCACAUUUGUGAUCUUCUGGAUGCCAUUCCUACCGUACAGUUCAUACUGAUGGAAAAUGUUAAAGGAUUUGAGAAAUCUCAAGCGUGCGAACAUUACAAGCAACGUCUUACGGCGGCUGGAUUUGAAUAUCAGGAAUACAUACUAUCUCCGCACCAGUUUGGAAUACCGAACACGCGACACAGGUACUAUUGCAUCGCCAAACAAAAGGGUUGCGAUUUCAGAAGGAAAUAUGAUGGUAUAAUUACCGAGCCACCCGCAAAUGCCUGCACAACACAAUCCAAGAUCCAAGAUAUAAUUGAUGGAUCCGAAGACCCGGUGCCUUACCUAUUAUCUGAUGUAUCGUUGAAGAAACAUUUGCCCCUGAUGGAUGUGUGCACUAGAGAGUCAACAAAUUCGAUGUGCUUUACUAAAGCCUACACGCAUUUUGCGGAAGGAACCGGCUCAGUAUUCUGUCCCCUAGCAAAGGAAACAUUUGACCAGAUUUAUCAGCGAGCAUCCGUUAGCCCUGAUGAAGACAUCAAGCUAAAUUUAUUAAACCAACUCCAGAUGCGUUACUUUACGCCGAAGGAGGUGGCCAGGUUGAUGAAUUUUCCAGAAUAUUUUAGUUUUCCUGAUACUGUAUCGAAAAAACAACGUUAUCGCGUACUGGGUAAUAGUGUGAACGUGUUUGUAGUAAGCGUAUUACUUGAAGAACUAUGAAAAUAUAUGUCACUUAAACCUCCAUCUACUA